CCAUCACAGCCAAUUGUCUGGAUGAAAAGCAGGCACUGCUUCACUUACUGCUGUGUGUUAGCUUACUCUGAACCAGCAGGUUUAGAUCCCAGUUACUGAUCAGCUCUGUGGUUCAGGUCAAGCAGGUAAGCAAAUGACAUUUCAUUUAAACAAUAGGUUUUUGCAGAGGAUGACCUUUUUAUUGGUAUGCCCAGAUAUCCUAAUAAUCGAAACACAUUUUAUGGAGCUAUUUAAGAUAUUAGUUGAAUGUCUUGUACCAGCAUUAAUAUAAAUGUCUAUGUUUAUUCUUCUAAAGUACUUUUAUGAACUCUGUUAUUAUUCUCUGAAUAUUUGUCUCCACUUUGAAUAAUUUCUUCGCAGGAAAACUGUUUAAUUUGUGUAGAAAGAGAAGGACUGUCAGAGAGAGAGAGAGAGAGAAAGGAGAGAGAGGAGAGUCUGUUGCCAGGAAAACUCCUACUGGUGUAUCAGUGAGGAAACCCACAAGCAGAUGUGAUGCUGGAGUGAUACAGAGGCUGGACAUAGACGCAGAUUAUCUGACGCUGCACUGAACAGUACAGUAAGUGUUCCAGGACUAUUAUUUUGCUUGUUAUCUUGAGCUUGUAACUGACACAAGGGGACUGCAGUAUUGGCUGGUGCUGACUCCUGGCCAGCUUCACCACUGCAAACACCCAGCAGAGUAAAUUCUCCUUCCUGAUGAAAAUGCAGAAUCUUCCCUCUGUAAGUUUAAACUAGUGCUUUACAUUAAACUGUUGAUUUUUUUUACAUCUGCUUCUGAAUUUCAGACUAAGUUUUAUAGGCUGGUAUCUGCAUGUGUAAAUCAUUCAUUCAUGUCUAUGUCUUCAUGUCGCUGUAAGAGAGCCACACAUGUUCACAUGCACAUGUGGCUAGCUCAAAAUGUGUCUAUUUCUUUUCAUUGGUAAAAAUGUCAAGCUUAUACAUCAGGUUUAUCACAGUAUGCAGUGGAGUUUCAUGUUGUACUUUUCCAUUUGUUUGUAUCCUGACAGCACCCCACUUUAACAAACCAGGCAUUUAUUUGCCUGUUAUGACCGGAGAGCACGGUAGCCAGAUGGAGGCUGUUGAUCUUGUUAGAAAGGUAGAUGUGAAAACCAUUACCUGGACCACAGCAAACACAGACAUGCACACAAAUGCACACUUGUGUGUUCACACACACACACACACACACACACACACACACACACACACACACACGUAGAGUUUUGUGUAGUCUAACGUUUACUAAACUGGGGCUUGCAAACUGGCCUCUGAACCUGAUGCACUUGAAGUAAUUAAGUAGUCAGUCAUGAAGAGUUAUUGUGUAUAGAUUGAAGUUCAGAAAUAGGAACAGGGAAGGAAGCUGGGAUAAGUUGCUUGUUUCUAACCACGUCCCAAACCAAAAACAGAAAAUCUUUCAUUUUUGCCAUGCAGCUCUUUGCAGUUGACAAAGAGUGAUGUCAAGAGUAAGACUGUGGUAGUAAGUCCAUGCAAAUUUACAUACAAGUUGGCUACUGGUUCCAUAUAUUAGACAUGAUGCCCAGGGUUUCAAAAGCUGACCUACGAUGUUAAUGAUUGACAAAACCUCUUGCCCAGUUGGUUGCUAAGAGCCUGAGGAGCACACAUAGCUCGGUUGCGUGUUCAAGGGCUGAUGUUAACUCCAUAAUAAAUAGCAGGCAUGUUUUAUACAAAAGAUGUGUAACCUGUGGACAUUUAGGAUACUUUUAAUCAAUGUAGCAAAAAAAUAGGUCUGCUUAAAAAGAUCACGUUGAUUGGGCUGUGAAUAGAAAUGAGAGAAUUUAAAUGCACACUCACACAUCGCUCUCCUUGUCCUCUCAGUCCGUUUUCCCGUUGUGCCCCUGUGUUCUCAUUUAACCACCAGAGUAGAGACUUGCUGCUGCCUUAAAAAGAUGGUGGGACUGAGAAACUGCUCUACAUGGGAACCAUUGUUACUAAAGGCUUCCAGCAUCAAGUCCUGUGCCAAUGGCUGCUCCCUGGGCAUCACCGCACACCUUACCUAUGCAAAUGCAGACAUAGAGUCAGUAGAAGGUAAGUGGAUAUCUGGAUCAGAUAAAGUAAUAAUCAUAGCAACCAUAUUUUCAUACUAUAAAAAGUAAAGAUUUUUUAUUUUAUUUUAUUGUUGAAAGAAAAAAAUAACAGGCAGCUACUUUUACCAAAUAAGCUACUGAAGUUAAAUUACACCAAAAUAAUUCCAAAAAGAGUUAAUCACUUAAAACAAAAAGCUUGUACUAAGAUUUCCAAUCAUAAAACUUUUUGAUGUCUUUAUUUAUUUGAUAUGUAUUAACCAAAUGUAUUGUAAACAACUGAAUUGAGUAAGAGAGAACUGAGCUAUAAGUUAGAAGUGUUAGAGGGAUAAGUAUUGAACCCUGAGGAACACCAGAGAAAAUUUAAACUUGCGGGGAUACAGUUUUCUCCAGCAGUGCCAACUAAAUCAACUGAAAAACCUUUGCAUUAGGCAAGCAAUAAUAAUAAUAAUAAUAAUAAUAAUAAUAAUAAUAAUAAUAAUAAUAAUAAUAAUUAUAAUAAUGAUAAUAAUAAUAAUAAUAAUAAUAAUAAUAAUAAUUUAUCAAAAAAUAAUACUGUAGAGAACCUUUUUGUCCAAAGCUAUUAAUAAAGUUGUAAAUUGAGAUUAUUGUGGGUAGGCACAGUCUUUACAGUUCCUCAUGGUUUAGGCUGCUCUGAAAGAUGCAUUGAGUUUUGUAAUUUGACUGUUUUCUCAGUUGAAGGAAAAGUAAAAAAUCAUUUUCCUCUUUGUUUAAUAAUUUUGUUAUUUAGGUGUGUUUGUGUACCCUCUGGGAGAAAAGGAGGUGGUGGUGAGCUUUGAAGCUGUGACUGCAGGACGGUUGGUGGGGGUCCAGAUCCAGAGCCGAGGGAAGCUGAAAGACUGCUGUUUGGAUUGUUGCCCUGGUUCUGGUCUUGAAGGCCACUGUGGGAAUGGCCGUGAGUGGGGAUGCUGUGGGAGCUCCAGCCUGGACAUGCAAUGUACCAAUGGUGAGUAGACAGCAUGGAGGAAGGCUGGAAAAGAAAAAAAAAGUCUCAUGAUGAAGAGCAUAUAAAUUCUUCAAAAGAGUUUCAUCAGUUUCAAGAAGUAAGAAAUAAACUAUGGUGUUAUGUUGAGUAUUAAUAUGCCUCUGCUGCUUUAGAGGCUAACCCAGCUUUGUCCUAGUUGUUGAGCAGAAAUCAAGUGCACAAUAAUCAAUAAAAAUAUUGGUAUUUCUGUAUAGAUUAUAGGUUGGCUUUUGACUCCUUAAGUGUUUUGAUUUCUUUGUGGAAAUUGUUAAAUUUUAAGUUUCUACAGAGAGGUUGUCAACACUGUUGUAUUUCUGCUCUAGGACAUCUCAUCCUGGAUGAAGACCUUGAAAGAACCACUUUCAUCGUGGGCACAGGCGUCAUCGGUCCCAUGGAUAUAGUGUCUGUUAUCAUAAGCACCACACUCGAACUCCCCACUUUAGAAAAUGGAGCAAUACGCAUCGUCUACCCCAAUUUACUAACUCCUAUUGUAACUGGCCAGAUGAGUCAAACUAAGAGUGAAAAUGGGGGAAAAUCUGAAGAAACAGGGUAUCUAUGUCUAAAAAAAUGUGGCAACACUAUAUUACUUAACAUUGAAAUUCAUUUGAUGUGAUCAAGAUGGACUGCUUCACAUUAUUCAUGUAAAAACUCCACAUUGCUCUCCUUCUUAGACCAACCAGCUGUUUUGGUGCAACCUCAGGGAAACAGGACCGGGCCCUGGACUCUGAGCAGCAAUGUGCCCACGCCAUUUUUACCAGUCCAGCUGCGAACCUGGCACCUUAUGAACUCAACUUCCAGCUGCUGGUCAGAGGAGCCUGCUUACUGGCUGGUACUGCCUUCCUCUUUACAUAUUAUACCUGAGUGAUGCUUGACUUAGCCAUUGUAAAGUAUUUGAAAAGUGGGCUAGUGCAUCAAAAAUAGGAGAGGUUAAUAAUUGAAACAGCUAGAACAGAAAAUCCAAAGGGAGGAUGGUAAGUAGAGUUCGUCUCUGUUUAUCUCUACAUCUUUAAAUAAAACAGCACCACUCAUAAGAAAAACAAAAGUUCAAAUAAAAUAACCUUUAUCUGUCUUCAUUUCUUUCUUGUUGAACUGACUGUUAGGCCUGGAAAGCCCCACUCAUGCUCUGAGAGCAGAUGCAGACCCCAGCGCCCAAAGUGCCUCCGCCACAUACAUCACCUUAGCACAGGAACAUCCGUAUGACAGACACAUAGAGAUCAUUCUGCACCUCAGUGGUAAGACACCGAAGCCUGUCUCCAUUUUCAGUUUGUCCUGUUUUCUGAUAUUUUGACUUGAUGUGAAACUUCUUCCCCAGAACCUCACAGCCCUUUGGUCAUACUGGAAAGAGGCCGGCUCUCUUUUAGUCAGUAUGAACAGCAGAUCUUCUCCCGCCGGGAUUACAUCCGUUUUACUCGCAAAGAUUCUGAACCUGAGAGGAAGGUAGGUAGAAUCGGCUUCACUUUAACUUCUCCUUAAGUGUGUCAAAGUUGGUUGCUGCAUAAAAAGCUGACCUGCUGGUGCUGUUUUGGCCUUCAGCUGGAGUUUGUUAGGAAGCGAUAUCACAAAGAUAUCCUAAACAGCCCCGUUUUGAUGCUCAACUUCUGCCCUGACUUACUGCGUGAGCCUCUCGAGCUUCACAAAGCUACAAGAGAAGUGUUGUUUCUUGUGGAUCGCAGUGGAAGCAUGAGUGGAACCAACAUCCAGCGUGUAAAGGUAAAAGAAAAACACAGCAAAACACAUUACAUAAUGUUUAGAUCUGUCACCUAUUGAUCUAUUCCUUUUUUAACUCCAGGAAGCCAUGGUGGUGGCAUUGAAAAGCAUCCCUGCUGGCACCAUGCUGAAUAUCGUGGGCUUCGGCACCACCAUCAAGCCAUUGUUCUCCUCCAGUAAACUCUGCACUGAUGUGAGCUUUGGACAUUGACUUGCUGAGUACAGAUAGUUAUCCCAAUUUGUCUAGCUUAUUGGAUUUCAAAUGAAACAAAUCAUGUGUUAUUUAUAAUCACAUGGAGUCGUGGUGCAUUUGGGUCAUGUUUCCUGGAAGCUGCUGUUUUUCAACCAUGCGGGGCCCUCUGUUCUAUGCUAACUACUCUCCGCUCAGGCAAUAGGUCAGUCUUGUGGGUUGCCUUAGUAGCGGAGUAUCAGGUUUUAUCCACACCAGGGCCUGCAAGGACAAACAGCCUCUACUCACAGUCCAGACCAUAUGGUGACCUUUCAAGCAUUUUCACUAGGGCAGGAGAGGUCCUUUCAUCCUCUCCUGUGUCGGGCGUGUUUGUCAACCAUGUGAUUUGAGGUAGUUAGAGCAGCUGCUAUUGUGUGUAUGUUUACUCAGUCUUUAUUGGAAACUUGGCCGUUCAAUUCUUUGCCACCCUCACAGGGUAAUUGGGGCAUAUAUGAUAUCAAACAGUGAAUUGAUCGUGAUAACACGGGUAAUGUUUGAACAGGCAGCAUCAUGCAGUUGGACAGGUGUUGUUGUUUGAUGUCUGCUUCUCUCAUUUUUAUCUCAUAGCACCUUUCCCACUCUGGAUAUCCCUUUGUGCGUUCAUGCAGGUCACUCAAAUGCAGGCUCACGAGUAUGUGCAGAGGAUGAGAGCUGACAUGAGGGGUACCAACCUGCUGGGGGCACUCUCCUGGGUGUACCAACAGCCAAUGCAGCGUUCAUACCCUCGUCAGGUUUUCAUCAUUACAGACGGAUCAAUCAGCAAUGUGGCUAAAGUGCUGGAGCUGGUUCGGAGAAACACAUGCGCUGGCAGGUACUGAGAAAAAGUAACUUGCUGAUUGUGAAUUAGGAGGUGGUAUUCAAAGGUAAGACAAAGUGGAUAUCCUGUAUGAAUAUAAAAAACCAUAAGGGGGAAAAAAUUGUAGCUGAUGUCACUCAUUUAUAAUCUGCCCAGUGUGUGAUCAAACACUAAAUCACUAAAGGGGAGUCGAGGAGAUAAGAUGACUGCUACAACAGAAACAGGAAAAGACAGGAAGAGAGACACACAAGCAAACUGCAGUCUUCAAGGAAGAAAUGAGGAGAAUAACGGGUCGGGGUAUUUUACGGCCUCGCCCAGUAAUCCUGUUAAGUGCUCUCCUCUGCAGUAUGAACCACGCCCCUCUAGUUUUCCUCAGACCCUUCAGCAAUGCACAAUAACUCCAUUUAUGUCUCAUUAGUAUUCCCCUGUUGGAGUGACUUUCUCCACUGUAUUCUGUCUGUCCUUCUCCACACUGUUUACAUGAUUGUUCUUGGUUAAUUUUGAAUGUAUCCCAUUGCAUUGAAUGGGAACUAAAUAUCAGUCUAAUAUUAGAAAAUGUGCUUUUUUUUAAAUUUCAGUCUCAACCAAACAGGCCUACUGAUUUAAAAACACCCUUGAUCAAUUAUUCUGUCCUCUGCUCUUUUCAAACUCUCAAUUAGCCAAACAGCGUGUAAACCUCUGAGCGCCCAAAUAACAGUUCUUUCAGUUUGAUGACUCCUAAUUUGCUCUUUCCUGAGACAAAUUGAUGCCUUUGUUCACCAUUAGGGUUUCAAGGAUACAUGCACAAUUCCAGGGCUAUUCUUGGUUUUCAGACAGUUAGACCAAGUGACUUGUCAGAGAGACUAUUUUUCAUGCAAAGUGGUAAUUUUUUGGGAAAUAUGAGGAAAAAUUUGACACACUAAUUGUAUCACCUCUGCAGAUGCUUUGGUCUGGGACUUGGUCCUCGAGCCUGCAGGAGACUCCUGCAGGGCGUUGCCAAACUGACAGGAGGAACGACAGAGUUUUUGGAUGACGAGGAGAGACUCCAGCCUAAGGUAGGGAGGAAGCACUGCCAUCUAUUGGAGAAAGGUAGAAAUUGCAAAACACUUGCUGUGUUAGAGAGGGGAAAAAAAUCAUAUUCAUUCAUUCAUUCAUUCAUUCAUAUUAAUCUUAUUUACUCGCUUCUGAGUUUCACAACUUUUAUGAUGUACUUUUUCUUAAAGUACUUAUACACAGUCUAUGAAAAAACAGGAACAGGUAUAAACAAAACUUUCAGUACCUGCCUCUUUCUUAACAAUAUAAAUUACUGUUGACGUGACGUCAGACACAGGCUUAACUUUUGGUGGUUUUCUUUUCACAAAUGAUAUCACAAUUCAGCUUCAUAACUUCACUCUUAGUAUUUUCUAAGCUCAUGAAUUGGCAUUUAUGUACUUAUAGGUGUACUUUGUAUGGAUUGCCGUCUAGCAUACAGGUUAUAGUACAAUAGUGGGUGCUGUGCUUUCUGUCUUGUUGAUGCUCUUCAUCUCACAGGUUGUCAGAAGUUUCAUUUUGAAGAGACUUACUUACUUAGCUUGACACCCCCACUGAACAAUACACAGCUAUUAGACAUCUAGUUUUUUUUAGAGCUGAAUUAAAAAAAAAAAACUUUCAUUUUUAGACCUGUGGUAGCCUGAUUUUAGACCAGUCAACUCGGCUACAUUUAGAUGUCUGUUAGACCUCUUUUAAACCUCAGUGGGACAGUUUGUUAAGUCUGAAUAAUUCUGGUGUGAAAUUGUACAUUAUAUUGAAAUAAAAUCAGACCCUGGUCAUAAAAAAGUUCAAGAGAAAAAAAAAAAAGCGAAAACUUUUGCAUUAAGAUUGGAAAUACUGUGCCCACUCUGUCUCUGCAGUUAAUCAAGUCUCUGAAAAAGGCCUUCGAACCUGUGCUGACUGACGUGCGGAUUGACUGGUAUCUGCCAGAAAACAUGGAGGCUUUCCUUUCACCAAAUGAAAUCCCUCCACUCUAUCCUGGGAAUCGUCUCAUUGGAUACUGCACACUAUAUGAUGUGACAAACUUUAAAGCGAAAAAGACAGAGGUGUAUAUUGUCACCGUCCUUCAAAGUACUACUUCUGUGUUUUCCUGCAAAGGGAAAAAUAUUUCAUACAGCUGCUCUUUUUUUUGUAGGCUCAAGGACGGGGCUAUAAAGGAGUACAUCGAGGCUCCACAGGCUCAGUUUUUGGUCAGUCAAAUGAUGAGCUUUCAUCUCCUCCUGCCUCUGAGUUAAUGCCUGUGGUGACGUGUGAAGAUGGCACUGACUUGGAGGAGGCACUGAGGGAGAUAUCCAGAGAAAUCUCCUCUGAGUUCUCCUGUGCCAGAGACACAGACCCUGGCACCAGCCCAGGUCAGUCACUGGGUCAGUGGAUAUUGUAGUUUUUAUUUAGCAGAUAUAUUUAUGCAGAGUCCCAUACUGCACACCUAGUGGCUAACAUUUAGCCAUAAUCUGUUUCAGGUGUAGAGCUGGACUGGUCUAGUGACGUGAGGAAGAGGAUCCAGCAGAGCUCCUACAUACAGGAGCAGUAUGUCCUCACUCGCUGCUCCCUCAGCACUGAACCUACCAUCUCAGCCGCGAGUCUUCAGACACAAUCACACUCACACAUACAUGCUUCAUCCAACUCAGACUCUACAGGCGGCGUCUUUCUGCCUGACCCUCACUCCUCCGGUUCAGUGCUGGAUACAGGGUCCUUACCUCAAGGCCUCGAAAAAAUGCCCCCUCCAGAACAGAGAUCUUCCCUGUCUCGCUGGGCUGACUCUGCAUGGCAACAAAACCUCUCGGAGGAAACAUCUGAUAACAGUGCAAAAAAGGUCAAAGAAAUAGAAUAUUUUACAUUUUUACAGAAAGCUGAAAACCCCUGGCAGCGCCCCUGGCCCUGAAUAAUACUUCACAUAGAAGUACUGUCUGAUGUAUCUGAAUUUCUACCUGAAAUGGUUUUGCAGAGGAAAAUUAAAGUCACUUUUCCCCUUUUGUGCAACCAGAGUGGGCGUCUAGAUGAAGGUGAAGAGUCCCGUAGAAGACACAAAGCACUGGUUCGUUCCACCAUGGCAGCACGAAGUUUCUCAUCCCCUCAGGGGGAGCUGGAGAUGCAUCGCCUGAGGAGAGCUUUGGAGAGGGUGUCCUUUGAUCAGACCCUGGGUGGGAGGCUGGAGGAAAGCGAUGGAGAGACAAAACCCCCGUCAAGGGGCACACUGUCCCGCAGAAGUCUCACUGACUCCAGUAAGCUCCAGCUCUGAGUACAUCAGAGUUAAACUUUUUACUUCACCUACAAAGAAUCAAUCUGUCUCUCUCUUUCUUGGACACUCAGAUGGUCUCCUGUUCCCAGCCUCUCCUCUGGACUGGGACAGCUUCACAGAGGCGGAGUACCUCUUCACUGCUGCCCCACCAGAGGAUCCCCCACCAGGCCAGUGCCGGUCACUUAUUCACGGCAUGCUGAGUGGCAGGCCUGUGUCCUGGGAGGUUUCUGUAGACCUGGGGCACCUCUGGAUCUCUGAUGAUCAGGAGACACCAGAGUCUGAGGAGGGUGGAGGAGGAGGAGGGGAAGACAGGAGAGAAGAAAAACCAUGGGAGGAGAUCGUUCACCAGCUGACUGCUCGCUCGGUUAUACGAGACUUUGAGAAGAUGGCAGAAAAGGAGGGCGAUGCCAAACAAGGUGAGUUUGAACUCCUCCAAACAUCUGUUUUACUGAGUUAGGGUUAGCAAACACAAGCUAACUCACUGUUUUCUUAGGUUCAGCAAAGCGAUACCGUACAAAGGCUAUCCAGACCAGUAAGCACUGCAACAUCAUCUGCAUGUACACAGCCUUUACUGCCAUUGACAGUAGCCCCAGCAAAAGCCUGCAAGAAAAUAUGGACACCCAAAACACAGGUGUGGCUCACUACUACUGUUACUCACAACAGGUUUGAAAACAAUGUCCUGCAUCAAGCGUAAUGUUAGAAUAAAUAGUCCUUAUUUUUUUUUUUUUUUUUUCAUAUCUGCUGUUUCGCACACAAGGUAACAGUUUUGGUACAUCAAAGGAGACGGAGACUACAAUGAUAAAGAAAAAUAUAGAAUAAAAUAGAGUAAAGGAAAUAGAUUUAUAUCAGUAUGCCCAUAGCAGGGCUCCACCUUUUAGUGAAUACAUGUUUUUGAAGUCUCGGGGGAUAUGUUAUUUGUUCAAUCAGAUAUAUUUCCUUUGUUUUUUCAGUCCACAUAUUGUGUGUUGGAGGGUCGGGCUUCAAACACCUUACUGUAAUGCAUUUAAUUGCUGUUGCUAGUACCAUCUGUAAGAGAUAUUUAAAAAUCUGUUAGUUAAAUAAUGUUUUUGAGACUCCCUCUGCUUAACAGCGUAACGAAUAAUGUAUCUUACGAACUUUGUACUAAUCUAAUAUUUGUUUAUAAAAUGAAAUAGCUAGUAAAAACCUGUUCUCAUUAUCACAAACAUAGGUCAAGUUAUUUGGAGUUAUUUUGAUCAGUAUACCAUUUAAUUGGCAUGACAUGUUGUGUUUUUGUGCUCAUUUUCUGCUUAUGUUUCUAUGUGUAGGGAUGCAUUUGGAGGAGAGGCGGAAUUCUCAGUCUGGUAGUCGCAGACAGAAAGCUUAUUCUGUCGGUUUGGGUAGACGGCGCAGGAGUAGAGAUGGUGAGGAACUCGAGGACACUUGGAACUCUACAGGUAACCACACUUAAAUAUCCUACCAUCACUCAUGUCUGCUAACAUCAUUUCAUCACCAUCAUUAAUCUUUGCAUCUUUUAGACAAAGAUGACACUCCUGCCUCACCCUGUAGCCUUACAUCCUGGGAUUCUAGUAAGUAUUGCUGUCAACUCAAUACUUUCAAUUUUGGAAGUGUCAGUGUAGUGUGGUGGAGGAAGAGAGAGACCUCUGACCAGAUCGUUAGUUCAAAUCUAAAGGUGAGUUAAUGUGGAUGGAAAAGGAGAGGGGGUCUCCAGACUAUACACAUUCAUGUCACAUGAGGUAAUAAGGCUCAUUUGGUAACACUUUAUUUGACACCUAUCUCUAUAACGUAUUAUAAAUAUUUGUAUGAUGCAUUGUAAUCAUGUGAUAGCACUGUAUAACUAUGAUUAUAAACACUCAUAAAUGAUCAUAAUGCUUCAUAGCAAUAAUCACAACACGUUAUAAAGCAUUUUAUCAUGACUAACAAGGUCAGGUAUUAUAAUGUGUUAUUACUGUUAACAACUCACUGACAAUGCCCCCAUAGAUAAUGCAAUGCAACAGUUGUUAACAGUUAUAACACAUUAUAAUACCCGACCUUGUAAGUCAUGAUAAAAUGCUUUAUAAUGUGUUAUGAUUAUUGCUAUGAAACAUUACGAUCAUUUAUGAGUGUUUAUAACUACAGUUAAACAGUGCUAUAUAAGUGUGAUUAUAACACAUUAUACAUAUACUCGUAAUGCGUUUUAGAGAUAGACGUCAAAUAAAGUGUUAUUGAUCAUUAAUCCCAAGUUAAAUAAAAGUUACUCCAUUUAUACUUUUUAAAAUCUUUCUUUCAUCUACAGCGUCUAGACUUGCAAAUAUCAUAAACAGCACUGGACAUUUUUAGAGGUUGAAAACGAUCAAUCAGUCAGUCAAUUUCUGUUAAGCGCCAGUUCAAAACAAAAGCUACCCUAAGACAGUUUGUAAAAAGAGCAGAUACAGCUUGUGAUUUUUCUUCUGGGUGAGUUGAGCCUGUUAACAUAGUAAUGAGAUGUUGCUGUAACACUAUGCAAAGACAAUAAGACUGUUGCUGCUUCUUCAGGUGUUGGAGGCAGUUUGUACUCCGCCACAGCCCCGACAUUAGCAGGAACCCCAUGCACUCGUUCACAACGAUCUAUCGAGAGCAAGUCAAUGGAGAGCUUUUUUGGCAACAGGUAAUUCCUUCAGGUUAAAUGACUCUUCAUGUGAAAGUGUAUCACAGUUUUUAAAAAAACAAAAAAGUUAUGCACAGAUAUUCCAACUGCAUAAGGCCCACCUGUGUUUAUUUCAGGUUUCCUCUGGGCAGACUCAGGUCCUCUAUUUCGUCAGGGAAGCAGGUUCCACUGAAGUCGCACUGUCUGUCUGCGGAGAACGAGAAACAACCUGAAACUGAAGCCCCUGACUACCUGCCCCUGGUAAGCUGCAAAAAUACUUCCAACAUACAGUAUAUAUUGACAGUACACAGGUUUGCAAUCUCUUUUGUUGAUUUUUUUUCAUCAGGUGCGUCUACAGCUGGCAUCUGGAGCUUUUCUUCUGACAGAGAUCUACUCUGAAUGUAUUCAGAUUCCCCUGGACCGCCUGAAAAGAGCGUCACCUUACAGCCUCCACCGACGCAGUCUCAGCCCACCCUUCCGUUGUACGUCCCCGAGUGCUCCAUCUUUAUCCACCUCCACCAAGCCUCCCACCAGCCACCAUGUUACCUUUUCUCCUUCUUCCUACUGCCUCUCCAAACCAACUGCACCUCCUUUCCACCACACUCCAGAUGACACUCCCCUGAUGCUGGAACCGAGGCUUCGCCGCAGACACCUGUCUGACCGAGACCCUGUCACCUCACCACCUGACCUCCCCAGCUCAGAGGAGGGCUCUGUAGAGUUAUCUGUCGGCCCCUACCAGAGUCAGAAUCACGGUCAGGCAGAUAGUGGUCGUGGAUCAGAGACAGAUGUUUGCGAGGGUUCUCCAUUAGAGCCUGUUGACCUCCAAGGAAGCAGCCAGUUGGCUCAAGAAGACCUGGAGGGCUCGAGCUGGGCCACUGCUGUGGCUCUAGCCUGGCUGGAGCACCGCUGUGCCGGCUUCUUCAUGGAGUGGGAGCUGGUGGCAGCAAAAGCAGAUUUCUGGCUGCGCUGUCAGGAGCUGCCUGAGGGAGUGGACCUGGCAGGGUUGAAGGGUGCUGCCAGACAGCUGUUCUUGUUGCUGCGCCACUGGGACGAGAACAUCAAGCUGAACAUGCUGUGUUACAACCCAAAUAACAUGUGAGGCUACGGUCUCUGAGGACACUGAGCCAGAUCUACGGAUCCACUGCUUACCAAUGAUGUAACUUCUUAAGUCUGAUUAAUACUUAUGUGUUGAAUCUAUGCAGAACCUUUGUGAGGGGCCCAAGGCAUUGUGGAUGUCUAUAGUCUUUGGCUGGUAGGACCCAAUUAUACCAACAGGAGUAGUUUUCAAAUACUCAUUUUAAAUUGAUCUUUAAAAGUAGUUUUAAAGCUAUUUAACUUUUACAACUUGUCACAGCAGUCCUGACACAUUCAGCUGUUCUGCAUCACUUGACACAGAAGCCCACAUUAAAUGAGAUUUAAGCUUGCAGCCUUGCAAAGUUACAUACUUAGAAGAAACCACCCUCUGAAAACAGAUGGUGACAGGAGAGUUUUUAAAAGUGGCAGAGCAUAUGUACUUUCAGGUUCUUGAGGUAUAGCACUGUUAUGCUAGUUUUUUUUUCUGCUUUCUCUUGAUUUCUGACCUCGUCUUCAGAUUUUCAAACAUGUUCGCUCCUCAAGCUCUUGCUUCAUGUAGAGGAAAACAAAUUCUGUAGACAAACCACAAUCAAGUAGUGUCUGUCCUCAUUGGUGCAAGG